AAGCUUACUCGUCUUGCUCUCGUCGACAGACACCGAUUGCCUUUUUUCCACCGUAAUCUUCAAAGCAUCCUCCGAUCAAAAAAAGCAAAACUCUUUUCAGGAGAUCUUGAAUUCCUCAUUACAGAGAGAGAUAUAGAGAGAGAGAGGAGUAUGGAGGUAUGAGAGGGGUGGGAGAUGGCGAGGGGAGGAGGAGAAUACAACAACAACAACAACGGAGGAGGAGGAGGAGGAGGAGUUCUUCUUCUCUCGUACAAAAGAAUCACUCUGCUCGUUUGCCUUUUCAACAUCCUCAUCGCUCUCUUUGUUCUUCGCUUUCUCUACGCUUCUUCUCUCCACAUUUUUCCCAAUCACGACAAUGGUGUUAAGUACACAGCAGAUGAGAUUAGGAGAAUGGAGGAAUCGGUUCGGAUUCGAAGAUCUAAAGAACCUGUUGAGCUUGUUAGAUUGGUGAAGAAGAUGAAACAUGAGGUGGCCAUUGCAGAGUCAAGUGUUGAGCUGUCUCCUAGUGUAAAAGGCAAACUAAUCGAUGAGAUCUUGGAGCGUUUGAGAAGGUUGGAGGAGAAGUCUAACGUUACCCUUCUCAGAGAAGCUGUAGAAACGUGGCGCAGUGAGAAGCUGAAGGAAGCUAAAGAGCAGCUGAUUCAAGAGAAAAAUGGAGUAAAUUCCACCAUGAUACAGGAGGAAGCAGGGAUGCUUGUAAGAGCUUUGGAGUUGGAGUGGGAUGUGCUGUCGGAAGAGAUUGGUCUUUGGUUACCUGCUGAGGUUCACAAUGAAGUGCACGAUGAUAAACCCGAAGGAGAGGAAGAGCCUGAGGAGGUAUUAGCAGGAAGACCAGUGCCAGCUGUAUGUAAUGCAGAGCUUCACACAGAUUAUGGUGGUGCUGCAGUGAGAUGGGGACUUACACAUCAUAAAGAGAGUGCAGCUGAUUGUUGCCAAGCUUGCUUAGACCAGGCAAAGCGCGCAAGACCUGGAGAAAUGAGAUGCAACAUUUGGGUUUAUUGCCCAUCUGAGUUUGGUUGCUAUUCUCCAGAUAUUUAUCAGCAUAAACAUCAGGAAUGUUGGCUCAAAUACGCAGAGCAGCCAAAAGAGAAUUUUAAAGACAGAUAUUCGGAAUCAUACAGAAAUAACCACCCAAAGGCGCCUACUAUCGUUCCAUGGGUUUCAGGUGUUAUAACGGCUCGACAAUAAACCUUUGUUGACAGGACUGUAUGAUGGGACGAUAGGAGAGAGAUAGUUUUUGGUUAUUUCAUGUUGUGUUACCAUUUUUCUGAGUCUUGAAAGAUAAAGUUACCGGACCAAGAUGCUAACAUCUUUUGGUCAGUUGUAUACACGAGAAUAGAAUGUUUAUCUUGUGUGGUUUCUUAAAUUCGUUUGUUUGUAUUUUGAAACACAUGGGGCUUACAACACCAUAUGGUCGAAGUCUAAUAUUGGGAUCAUGAGUAUGUUUUUGUCCAA